UUCCUUCAAACAAAUCAACGUAUGCUCACGUGAUUAUUUUUUCCUUUCCUUUCCCGUUCCCGUGGAAUAACGGAUGAGUGGAAACUCACCUUAACAAUGUACGGAAGUGUCACUGAGAAGGAUCCAAUAUCUAAUUUGAGUAUACCUCUAGUUACGAAUGUAUCAUCUAUUACUUGUGGGUACGAUGACGAAACGUUUUUGGAAAAUCCUUUUAAUGAAGUUUUCGAUAAUAACUUUUGGAAUAAGGUAACAAAUGCUUACAGUGAUGGAAUGGCAUGGGCAGAUGCAUUAAAUAAAGUUCGCAUAGAUAUUAUCUGUGAGAAUUUUGUAAAAAACAACAAAGAUCCUUUAGUUUCUUUGCUAACGGAAGUUUAUGAUAAGUUUGAAAAACACUUAAAAGAACCGCAGGUUAUGUCUGCCUUUCGUUUACAGCUCCUUGAAUUCGUAAAAAUAAUUUUACAUGAUGACUAUUCUUCGUCUUCAUCUCAAGAAGGACGCAAGUAUGCAUGGAAACUGCCAGUUCCUAAUCAAGGUAAAAAGACUAUAUUGCAUUUAGCUGCAGAGCGUAACUUACAAGAUAUUGCACAAGUUUUUAUAAAGAUGUAUCCUGGUCUGGUUUAUGAACCAACUAGUGAUGGUGGGAAAUUGCCAUUAGAACUUGCUUUGGAAUUUAUUCCACCAUUCAAAUGUAGACAUGAUGAAGUUGCAAGUUUAUUAGUGAAAAGCAUGCUUCAUCAAAGGGUCCGGCAUCUAUUUGAAUCUUCAGAUGUUAUGAAUGCUAGUCUAAAACUAGCUGAUGUAGUUUCUGAUCCAACUUUGAAGAGAACUAUUCCUGCUAUUCUUGAUUGUCUUAUUAAUGCUGACUGGCCAUUUUUUCCAUUAAAAAAUCCUGAAAAAUGUGAAGAAGAAUGGUCAGAGAUUCCUAAUUUGCCAACACGUUAUCAUUUUCAUUAUCGUCUCCUGGACGGUGACCAAAACAGUGAACCAGCUAGAAAAGAUAAUAAACCUAAUAUUGAUUUCGAUUAUCGAAGUCCAUCAUGUCUCCAACUUCUUGUUGAAGGUGCCCACAGUGAGAUAGCUGUCCGUCAUCCAGUUGUUCGAAUGUUAGUUAACAGAAAGUGGAAGAAAUUCGGUAAAAAAAUGAUAAGGAUGAACUUUGUGGUAUAUAUUGUGUUUCUUUUGUUCAUGUCAUUGGCUUUUUUUGGUUUAAAAAAAAUGGAUACUUUUUCAACUGUAUGUGAAAUUGUAACACUUAUAUUUACUGUGGGUUACUUGAUAUCAGAAGUUGAUCAAAUGGAGAAAGAGCGUAUACAAUAUUUUAAAGAUGUGUUUAAUUACCUUGAUGUCCUUGGUUUAGUAUUGAUAUUAAGUAUGGUUCCUCUAAGAAUAUCUGGCUACAGUAAAUCAGAGUUGUCAGUUGCUGCUGUUGCUUAUUUAAUAAAUUUCCUCAGAGUGUUUAAAUAUUUUCCUGCUUUCAAGUACAUUGGAUUAUAUUCUAAAACAUUUGCAAAUAUAAUUUACUAUGACAUAUCUAAGUUUGCAAUUGUUUAUGUCAUAGUAGCUAUCGCAUUUACAGGCAGCGUUUUUCUAUCGUUGAAUGCCACUUUAACAGCUAAUACCAAGAAUGAAAUUGGGUUUUUGAAAGUUUUGUUGAAAGAAGUGCGAGCUUUAGCAGAGUCAAGUCCAUUUAAUGAUGAUUAUUCUGACUUUCAUGCUGGUGUAGUCAUACUGAUAAUGAUUAAUAUGUUCAGCAUCAUUGUUAUUUUGUCCAAUAUUUUGAUUGGUCAACUGAGCAAUAGAUAUUCAAUAGCAGUUGAAGAAGCUGAAAUACAAUAUAGUAUUGACAAAACUAAAUUUAUAACAAGGCUUGAAAAGAGUCGAUUUCGAUUUUUCAAUGCUCGAAUCGCUCACUAUGUUGAUGGUGACUACGUGAGUGACGAAUCUUUAGUUAAAGAUUUGCUUAAUGAGUGGAAUAAAAGUCAGUCUUUAGAAGAUGUUGAUACUACUGCAUAUAUAAGAAAAAAGAUAGAGAAGAUGUUGAAGACAAAAGAUAAAAUUGAUUGAAUAUGAUUAGACAAUGUGAAAUUUUUGGAAAUGAAAUCUUGGAACUUAAAUUAAUAUAAAUUUACAUCCUUUUUAUAAAAAAACGAGUUUUAACAGUGUUUUGAUAUAAAACUAACUUGAAGGUUUUUUUUUUAAAAAAAAGACCUCAAAGAAUACUAUUGUAUAUUCAAGAGAGCCUAAAGAGGUAACGAGUUAUAUUUUAAAAAAUUUUUUUUUUUUUACCAGCGUCAAAGUAUUUCGUAUCAAUUUGAGGGAAAUCGCUUACACUGUCUGGACAGUUGUUAACCAUCCUCUUUUUUUUGUUUGUUUUAAUUUUUGAUGUAAAUAGUUUGAAAAUUGCUUUUAUUAAUUACUACAAAAGUAAUAAGUUUUAGUGCACCAUUUUAUUGUUCAGUUUUUUUAAAAAGUUAGUUUUUUAUAUAUAUAUAUAUAUUUAUGCACGUGGCAUUUUGUUGCAAAUGAUGCUGUAUAUUUUACAUAUAAGAUAUAUUGUUGUAGAUAAAUAUUAAUCUGUCGCUUACCCUCUAAUCAAUUAUAUUAUGUUUUAGCA